AUGAGGAGAACGUAUCUUUUGUUCAUUGGCUUUUUCGCAAUUGCGCAUAGUUUAACAGAUUAUGCCGAUCAAAUAGUGUGCAGGUUCCGCACGGGCGACGCCAGUGAGAUACGACAAAAAGUGCAAAGGUAUACAGACGCACCUGUUGACAUAUGGACCCGCAGCCCAGAAUUUGUGGACGUACGCGUUCCCGCCGGUUUGGUGGGUAGCCUCGAGGGCUGUGAGGUGAUGGUGGACGACCUCCCAGAAGCAAUCGCUCAAACGUAUCCAGAUCCCGAAACACAGCUGCAUUUGCCCUUGCAUGACAAUUUACAGUCUCAGGUACGACCUUUGGACCCCAUAACAUCGCUGAAGGCGACAAACGACGUUUUUUUCACCCAGUUCCGCGAUCUCGAAACCAUUUAUACGUGGCUGGACCUCAUGCAGCUCACCUUCCCUGACUUGGUCAAGAUAGAACUUGUGGGUCAGACUUUCGAAGGUAGAGACAUGAAAGCGCUUCACAUCAGUGCUCAGAACCGAAAAUUGAAUCCCGAAAAGAAAACCAUCAUAAUCACGGGCGGUGUUCACGCCAGAGAGUGGAUUGGAGUGAGUACAGCGUGUUAUUUCAUUUCUCGGCUGCUAGCAGGCUAUGGGGUUAAUAAAAGAGAGACACGCUACCUGGACCGUUUGGAUUUUUUGAUUGUGCCGGUCUUCAAUCCUGACGGAUAUGUCUACACUUGGAGCCAUGACCGUUUGUGGAGGAAAAACAGACAGCAAACUUUCUAUCCCAGAUGUUUUGGAAUCGAUAUCGACCAUUCAUUUGAUUUUCAGUGGACGGGGGCGCAUGACUCCCCAUGCAGCGAGGAUUACAGCGGCGAGGCUCCUUUCGAGGCUCUGGAGUCUGAAUCUUGGAAUAACUACAUCAGCGAAGCUAAAAAGGAGUAUACCGUGCACGGGUAUCUGGAUCUACAUUCGUAUUCUCAAGAGGUGCUUUACCCUUACGCGUAUUCCUGUGACGCUCUGCCCAGAGACCUUGAGAAUUUAUUGGAGCUAUCCUAUGGUCUUGCUAAGGCGAUCAGACGGAAAAGUGGCAAGAAUUAUCAUGUUCUUUCGUCGUGCGAAGACAGAGGGUCAGAUUUGACACCUGGGCUUGGCUCCGGUUCUGCUCUGGAUUACAUGUACCACCAUAGAGCCCACUGGGGUGUACAAUUGAAACUUCGCGACACGGGAAAUCACGGGUUCCUAUUACCUCCAAAAUAUAUCGUUCCUGUUGGAAAGGAAACUUACGGAGCGCUCAAAUAUUUCUGCGAUUUUAUACUGAAUCCUGAUCUCUAG